AUGAAAAGAAAGCUGUCCUCUUCACAGAAGGGGAAGGGGUAAGACUUAAACGGUGCCUUUUCGUAAAACUUAAGCAUCUCGAUUAUGAUAAGGAGAAGUCGUAAUCUUACUUAGAAAAACAACAGAUCAAACAGGAUCGGAUAGACAGUCAGCUUAAUAACUUAAGUAUUAUUAUUUGUUUUCACUUCGUUCAACCGAAGUUUACCAGGUUCCGGUCUCCGCUAAGCGUAAGUUUUAAGUUUUAUAAUUGUAAGUUGUAUUUUUGUGGUAGGGUCUAGCAUAAGUUUACGGAAACAGUAAGGGCACAGAAUGUAGAUCGUGAUGCUUUCAGACAUGGUUUUAUUGUAUCUAUUUCGAUAAUUCACAUACGUAGAAUUCUUAUCAGUGAAGUUUUGCCAAGCUGAAAUUCUGUAGUGUUCUAAUUAAAGAGCUGUACUGCACGCAAGUGGAUAAAGCUGGAUAGAGCAAAUUAAGCUAAGCAUACUUCAGUGAGUCAUUAUAUGUUUAUCUUAUUAGCAGUCAAGCAAUAACCAAAUUUUUCAAGGCAUUAACUCCUCAAGGUAAGUGAGUUAAGUAACUGAAUUAUGAUUACCAUUAUUAUUGCUAUUAUUAUUAUUAUUAUUAUUAUUAUUGUUAUUGUUUUUGUUGUUGCCAAAAUUGGGUUGGAGUGGGGGGGGGGGAUAUUUUCCUGAAUACUUCCAAGAGCAAGACCCAAGAUUAGUCAAACAAAAAGCAGAGCUUAAACUUAGAUAACGUUAAAAAUUCACUGCAAUGGUUUAUUUACUUUUUAAAGGGGUUUUUGCAUUGGGUUUUAGGUAUGAAAUUGAUUUCUUAAGGUUUAAAGGCCUAAACUUUAAAAGCAUUUUACCUUUUCUGAUUUUAGAAACACCAUAUCUACUGAUCAACGUUUCUCGAAAGUAAAGUAAACGAAACAUUUUGCUUCACUUUUAACAGGACUCAAAGUUAACGACUUACUAGUCCCAUACGCAACUAGAGUUUUGGUUGUGCGCCUAAAAAUUCAUGUGUACUUGCACCUGUGCACCAUAAAAUCCAAAGCACAGUGCAAAUGACUUGCUUCCCUCGCUACUUUCUAACCUGACCAUACUUACGUACUGGAACUAGUAGGACUUUAAACAGUAGCUUCAAGCAAUGAAAGUAAAAGUAAUGCUGCAAGCAGUCUCUUAUUUUUCUUUGCAAAGUUACUGCACGUGAAACCUAGGCACACGAUAGGCAAAGCCGCAAGCCACGAGAAAUGAGGGCGUAAGCCCGAGAAGAAACAACUGAAAAAAUUACACUUUCUUUAAAUCCGGUAAGAUUGCCAUGAAUUCGUUUCCCUUGAGGAAAUUCACAGCAGUUUCCUUCUGAAAGAUAUCCUUAAAAAAUUUAUUAUUGAAAUUACUGCUUGGUUCGCAGUAUUGUUUGCAGUUGGUUGCGACGUGUGACAAUUUUUAUUGCUUGCAAUCUCACCACAGACCAGUCAAUUAUCUGUCAACAGCUGUGCAAUUGACCAAUCGGUUACUCUGUUUCUGGGCUGAUGGAGGGUUUGUUUAUUACAAAAGAGUCAGCAGUCCGUCUUUUCUCGUCUGGUCUUAUCCCUUAUUGUAAUAAUAACGUCGUGGUUUGCAAUCUCGCUGGAUGAGAUAAGAACUAUACGGAUUUUAAGAGAAAAGGCGGACUGCAAGCAGUCUAAAGUAAUAGCACAACCAGGCUCUAGACAAUGAAGUUACAUUGUUUUUUUUUUUUCAUCUGUGUAUGUUUAAUUUGUCCUUUCUCCCAAUGCAAUGGAUUCCACAAACUCUAAUAUUCAUUUCCGUGUCGAUGUUGACUCCAUCCCAGACUCUUCUGUUUUGUAAUAAAUGCCACUGACACAUGCAAAUAUGCUACAAAUGAAACACGUGCUUUUUGCGCUGUGGAUGAUCAUGUUGAACGUUUAGUUUUAAGGUUAGUCAAAACAAAAACAGUGCGGAUUAAGAGCCUUUUUUCCAAGUAAGAAAGUUGUUAAGUCAUAUCCCAGUUACAUGUAAGUCAAGCGUGCAAAGAUUGUCGUGUCCGAUAGCCCAGGGCUAGUGGAUUUUGCUGUCGGGCUAGUGAUUUUUGUUCUUAACUUGCCAGACGGGCAAGUGCUGUUUUGGGGGGAAAUUCAAAUUACAGAAGGAUUGUAAUCAAUCCUGCUAGUCAAAAAGGGUUUUUGGGCUAGUAAGAAUGACUUGUUGGCUAGUACAUGCGAGCUUCAGCUUGCCCGAAUGGCAGGCUGUAAAACUGAUUUUCUUUGCACCCUGAAGUCAACGCGCAUUUAACAGAUUCAUUAAAGAUUAAUUUUCAUUCUCGUUCGACAUACUCAUUGUUGUCAGUUUUCAAUUUUUUUUAAGUGUAAGUUUUCUUUAGUCACAACUGUACUGUCAAAAAGAGAAAUACAUGUAAGUAUUAAAAAUCACAAUGGUCAAUCAUGGGACUAAAAUAAAAGAAACUGAAAAUGACAUAUAAACGUGGCACUGUUAAGCGCUUUUUACUUUUUCUUUUGAACUAGAUGCUCCCAACAUUAUAAGCUGUGCUCCUAAAAAUUUCAGUUGUGUGCCUAAAAUUUUGGCAGUGUGCCUAAAAAUUUAUAUCUGGUAGCACAGGUGCUACCAAACUCAAAUUACACUUUGAGCCCUGUUUUAAGUAGUCUGAUUUAUGAAUUUUUGUUUGGUCUUCACCAACUUUCUCGCAAUAACUCAAUUUGGAAUGCUUGCUUUGCAGGCUAAAGGGCCCUUAGCAAUAAAUAUGUAGCUCAAACCCUGAUGGUAUCAUCAUUGGUUGUCUUUACACUAGGCCGUUGAGUAACACUUAAGAGCUGCUAAGUUUUACUUAACCAAGACACAUGUGUGAAGGCCUAAAUAAAAGUCUUAAGUUAUUUUACUUUGCAUCUCAUUAAAACAGAAAAUUGAAACGAUUCAAGAAAAGUUUCAAGUGACUUCAAAACCAUCCUUAAAACAGACUUUGCGAACCUGUGGUUUCUUGAGCUUUGAGAAAGGCGAAGCAUGCCAAUCAACCUUAAUUAUGUUGUGUGGGAAAAUAGCCUUAAGUUAACCUGAAGUAACAAAGAUAGGUUGUGUUCUAAGCUUCCUUUUACUUGAAGAAUUUAAACUAUACUUGUCUUGAAAUAUUUCUUAGUUUAUUUAGGCUCUAGUGUAAAGACUACUGUUCUUACUUUAGCUUAUUUUAUUUCAGGCACAAAACAAAGUCACCCCUCAGUGGAUAACCCUGUGAAAAUGAAAACUACAAAGGAAGAGGAAUUCAGAACAUCACUAUUUGAGAAAUUUCAAACUUCCAAAACAAGUUCUAAAGACAGUACAUGUAAUGCUUUGUCAAAGGACAAUGCAGAAAAUGACAAAGGAAAAAGCUGCAACUCAGCCUCACCAAUAAAUCAAACAUGUCAUUCUAGUCCAGAAAAAAAUGAAGCUGGGUAUGGUGGCAAUCCAGCUUUGAGUAACCAAAAGAGGGUACAAAACUCUACACCCAUUGGGGAUGUUGCCAUUUGUAAGAAUGCUUUGAUUAAUUGCAAUACCCAGUUACCAAGGAGUGAUCUUGCGGAUGUCAGUGGUAUGGACUGUGAUGAAACCUUCCUUUCAGCAACUGAAGAAGUUGAUAUUUCACAUUAUGAUACAUGUCAUGAAAGUUUAACAGAUCUAUCAUUCACAGCCCAACACAAUGCCACAAGCAAAGGAGAUUUUUUAGAUGCCAGCUUGAGUAGAAUCAAAGAAUCUAAUGUGCAUAAGGAAUCAACGACUGACAAGUUACAGAAAGGUGAAAGUAGCAAUGGUGUUGAUAACAAAGAAUGCAAUGAAACUGUAGCCCAGAUAGACAAUCUAUUAAUGUUAAAGGUUGAAGAAUCAGAUGUUAAUACAUCACAACAGUCAGAAAAUGAAGAUCUUGACAAAGACCAGAGAAGUAGUUGUGACAGUGUUAUGGAGGAUGAGCAAGUUCACGAUUGUCAUGAUUUAAAAAGGGAAGAAUCUGAUAAGAGUUGUAAUCAGGUCAACAAGCCUUGCGGCAUUUAUGGUGUUCUUCCUGAAGCAUCUUAUUCUUCAAGUGAUUGCAAGGAAGACGAAAAUAGUGAUUUUUUACAAAAAGAGGAAUAUGAAAAGGAAUGCAACCAUAUUAGCAAGCCAUUUAAUAAGAUACGCUUGGAUAGUGAUCUACCCACAAGUGAUGGCGAUAUUUCUGAAGGCUCUGAGUCUGAUGAUGAUCUUUUAACUCCUCCAAGAUUUCUAUAUGAAAAACUACAAUUGAAACCAAAUGUCAGGACACCAGAAAAGGGUAUUGUGCCGGCAUUUUCUACUCCAUCCCCAGUCAUCAAGGAUGUAGUAAAAGAAGAUAAAACCAAAUACAAACUUUCCUUUGAAAAGCUAAUAAAGGAGAAGGUAAAACAAAAAGAGAAAGAUGCCGAGCUUGCUGAAAUGGAAGCAGAGUUGCAGAGAGGACUAGAGAAAGGGGGCAUUGCUCAAAUGCAAGUACCGAGCUCAUUUAGUGAUAUUGAAUCGGAGGAGGAACUCACUGAUGGUAAAGACCAGUACAUAUUCAUAAUUAUGUUUUGUCAUUUUAUUCAUUAAGCCAUUUGCCCUAGGAUAUAUUUCUGAAAACACCAUUUGAAGCUAGCACAGCUUUUUUCCAGUCACCAAAGAUCCAAAACUGCCCAAAUAGUGCUCUUGUUUAAAUAAUGGAGCCUUCUCCUCCUGAUCCUAAAUUGUGGCCUCUGUGCUUUUGGGACUUUCACAGUUUUAGGUGAAACUUCAACAUAGUUUUUUGGUUUAAAAGUGACACUGCCACACCUCCUCUACUAAUACCUUUUUCACUUUGUCUGUUUAGGUUGCUUUUCUUCUCCCAUUUUUUUGUUUGUUUUUUGUUUUUGUUUUUUUGCUGGACAUUAUUGCAGGGCUCAAAAUAACAGACAGCAGGUUGCCGGUCAUGGUGACUGGCCAAAUAUUUUUUAGCCCGAACAAACCCCGCUUUUGGCCAGUGAAAUAAUGAAAACAUAAUUUUUUUUUUUUUUGCCUAUGGAAUACCAAAUUAUGCUGGCAAUAGAUCAUUGUACUGCAUUGACAUUCAGGUUUUUGGCCGCCAGUUGGUGAAAAAUUCAUUCACACGUUGCUGAGUUCCUUUCCACGAUUUUCGCCUGUUUUUAUGUCUGUUUAUAUAUACCUUCAGGGCUCAAAGUUAGCGACUAACUGGUCGCAUAUGCGACUGGAUUUUUGGUUGUGCGCCUCAAAAUUCAUGUGUAAUCGCACCUGUGUGCUGUAAAACCCAAAGCACAGUGCGACUGACUUACAUCCGACUAUACUUACGAACUCGAACUAGAAAGACCAUGUAUGUUUAAUUGGUCUUUUCUCCCAAUGGAUUCAACAAACUUGAAUGUUCUUUUUCAUUUCGAUGUUUUACUCCAUCCCAGACUCUUCUGCUUUGUAAUAAACACCGCUGACACAUGAAAAUAUAUGCUACGAACGAAACACGUACUUUUUGCGCAAUGGACAAUCAUGUCGAACGUUCAGUUUUAACGCCCAUCAAAACAAAAACAGUGCAGAUUAAGAGCCUUUUCUUCCAUGUAAGAAAGUUUUCUAAGUCGUAUUCCAGUUACAUGUAAGUCAUUGCGCAUUUAACAAAUUCAUUAACCCAUUCGCCCCUGAACCGACUGUAACCGCCUGUGCGGAUCCAGGUCCUUUCUACCCUUUGUGACGUCAUCAGUUUUAACGGUCAAGGACAACUUUCUUCGCUAACUUGUGUAGAGUGAAGAGAUCUUUCAAAACCGGUUUGUGGUAAGUUUUAGCUCUUUAUAGCACGACAGUGACCAGAAAACCACUCGACUAGCUUCAAAACGUGUUUUUCGGCAAAAUCUCCAGGAGCGAAUGGGUUAAAGAUUAAUUUUCAUUCUCGUUCGACACACUCGUUGUCAGUUUUGAAUUGUUUUUCAAAAAGAGAAAUUAGUAUUAAAAAUCACAAAGUAUUACUGCGUUGCAAAUCGGCUGUGUUUUAUCAAUCACAGGACUGAAGUAAAAGUAACAAACUGAAGAUGACCAAUAAACGUGGCACUGUUAAGCUUUUUACUUUUUCUUUUGAAAUAGACGCUCCCAACAUUAUAAGCUGUGCUCCUUAAAUUUUCAGCUGUACGCCUAAAAUUUCGGCAGUGCGCGUAAAAAUUUACAUCUGGUAGCACAAGUGCUCCCAAACUCAAAUUUAAACUUCAUGCACAAUAGAGGAAAUCCUCGGUAAUAAAGCAAACAGUAUAAUCAGAAUGUAUGCAAUAAAAAUAGUUAGUAAUUUUUUUCACCUCAUUUUCCACUUCACUGUCAAGAUCUGCUUCCUUUUGCUUCUUCUGAACUGCUUCGCCUCUAUCCACUUUUUUGUUACUUACUGAGAAAAAACUUUCGAUAGACCUCGAAAAUGCGUUUGUCAGGUUCGUCCUUUUUCGAGACGCCAUGAUGGAUACCCAUCAGCUCCUGUGAUAUUACAAAAGCCAAGUCGAGGCUCAGUGGUCUCCAGACCACUCACGGUAAAUCAGGUAAACUCAAGAAGAUUCAUCAAUUGAUUUUCAUGUUGUGUAUAACGGUACGGAGUCGUUGUUCUAUAGAUUAAAAAUUGUGUUUUAUUGGAAAAUUAUUGUAGUUGAAGUAACAGAGACAUUUUUAAGCCCAGGGAAUUAAAGGAGGAAAGGGCCAUAACGGCCCUUGAACGUUUUUGGUGGGGGUCAUCUCUCGCUCUUUUGUGAGGUUCACACAAUGGCGCACUCUGGCUGGAACGCUGCAAAUUAGGUGUUAAGGUUGUCAAUGACCAUGGGAACAUUCUACAAGGGAUGAGUUAAAGGGUAGUUCAGGUGCAAUUGGGUUAAAGAUUAUUUGUAUAAAAAAUAUUGGUAUAAAGGGUCCAUGCCAAAGGAGCACUAUGCUUAAGCAAUAGAAAAUGUAUUGCAUGUUUACGUCGCUUGAUAUAAACACUCGAGGGGUUUGGAGAAUUCUUGACAGUUAUGCAAUCCCGAGACAAAGUCAAGGGUUUGCAUAACAGUUGAGAAUUCUCCCAACCCCUCGAGUGUUUAUAUCAGGCUAUGCAAAUAUAGGAAAAAAAUUUUCUAUUGCUUUUAUAUAUUAACUUUCCCAAGAAAAAAUGCAAAACUCUUUGUUAUGGGACUAAUUAAAGGAGAAAUUCUCACCAGUCGUGAAAUGUUGUACUCAAAGUCUUGCUUGCGUAAUCAGUUCUUGUUUUGCAAAAAAGAGGCUUUCCAAAAUACGGAUUUUUCUUACUUAAAAUGUCAGCUUAAGCAAAAAAAAAAAAAAAAUGACACGGCAUGUUUUGUAAAGACUUUCCAAGUUUCAGAUGACAAGGGACUGGGUAAAUUAGUAAAGUAAACUUGUCGAGCUUUCUACUCAAAUCAUGCUUGCGUGAUUAGUGCACGAAAAGCAAAACAUCUUGAUGUCACAUUUAGUUUACAUACUCUCAUGCAAACAUCCCUCUGGUCCAAUCAGAGCACACGUACUAUCUUAGUUAUUAUAUAAAAUAACAUAGUGUCUAAUCUAUUCAUACCUCAGCCACCCAUUACUGCCUGUGUUGAACCAAAUCCCCUGUGCCCCUCUUGACAACAUCAAUAUUUAGCAGUCAUAAGGAAGUUAAGCAAAAAGGAUGACAACAUCAACAGGAAUGGCAAAAAGGCAAUAAGUUUAGAUUAGCAAAACAACACUUUGCACCUUGCGUCAUGCUUUUUUGUACAUUUCUUUGCCAUUGUUGCAUGAUCACAACAGGGAACUUCCUCAUUAAUUUCAUGUUUUGUAGAGGAUGUGAUCACAAGACAACAAUUUCCUUGUUCAUUCAUUUUUAAACUUAGUCAGUCCUUUAGAAUUAAAAUCCAGAACACUUGCCCAAUAUUUGACAAAUUGAAUGACAUAGAAUAAGAUGGGAUGAAUGUUGAAACAGUAUGAGGUCACUUUUUUUUAAAAAAAAAGUUUGCUGCUGUCAUCAUUGUUGUUGCUUAAGCUCUCUAUUAACAGUCAGACAACAACUGUAGUCAUGUCAUUUGUGUGAGAACAUUGAGAAAUUUUCAAUUUUGAAUUUAUUUAGAUGGACGAGACCUCAAGGACUGCACUUUACCAAAAGACAUCAAGAAGUUUCUGGUGGAUGUUCAUGACUUUACUGAGGACCUACCAGGGGAGGACAUCUUUCCAAUGUUUCAUCCUUAUGUCACAGUAAGGUCUUUAAAAUAAAAAAAAAAUUGAAGGGAUGAUGAGCAGUUUAUACCUUAAAUACUCUAUUAAGCCCCCCCCGUCUCUGUUAAGCCUCCCCCCCCACUUUUCAGGGGAAGAAAGUCAAAAAACCUCCCCCUCCGUUUAUUAAGCCCCCCUCCACUCAGUAAACGGUCUUCAUAGAAUUCAGGUAAGUUGGUCCGGCUUUUCCUUCCAAACAGAAGUUCAGCUGGACUCACUCGGGUGGUGGUGUUAGGAGUUGAUCUGUAUGCUAUCAAGUAUUUGCGAAUGUCUUCCUUCCACUGUUUGCCCGCGGCUUGUGCACUCCCCAACCUUUUCAAAAGAGAUCAGUUCUUCCUUUCCAUCUCACCAUUUGUUUGGGGCCAUAAAGGCAUGGUCUUGCUGUGCUCGAUACCACAUUCUUCCAAAUAUCUUUCGAACAUACUUGAAACAAACUGAGGCCCAUUGUCACUGGUUACUGAUGGUGGUAAAACAUGAAUCAUGAAGAUUCUCUCCAGUCUCUCAAUGAUCUUAUCAGAUGUCGUGGAACGCAUGCUGAAAUAGUUAACCACAGCUUACACGGAGACACCUGACGGGAAAAGGACCUAAUAAAUCCAGAGCCAAGUCUUGCCGUGGACCUUGUGGUAAGGGGGUUGACCCGAUUGGCUCAGGGUGAGCAGGAUCUUUCUGUCUCUUUGUCUGUCCCGAGCCACUGUACUUUUGAUCACAACCUCUGCUUCAUACUGACAAUACCGGAAUGCCAUUCAUGAGCCAGCGUAAGGACUCAUGGUCUCAACUUGUUAGGUAUUACAAUUCUGGUGCUAUGGAGGAUUAGCUUGCCAAUCACACACACUUCACUGGCUACGGAUAUGUACUGCUUGGGCUGGCGAUAAAAUCUGAGUGUCACAUGCACACAGUACAAUGUACAUGUAUGUCCGGGCACUUUAUACUGUACAUGCAAUUUUGUUAUCUUAAUAGAUGUUCUUUUGUUUUUCAGUCACAAGACUUUCCUCGUCUAUCAAUGCUCCCUCAUCCUGAGAAUUCCUCUUUUGAAGCAAAGGUGGCGUCUGGCUCAGAUGCUGAUCUGCAAGAGUUAAUCUGUGGAGGAUGGAUAUUGCAACAUUAUCUAGACUGGCCCUGUCCAUCAGAGGUAUCUGAGUGGUUGUUUCAGGUCAUGUGCCGACACCAAGAUCAGCAUGUGAUUAGUUCAACUUUUCAAGUCAUGUGGGUGAUGGUUGAAACAGCUGCUGAGGUAAGUUCAUGUUUGACCGUGUCGUAUUUAAAGGUCAGUUAGGCUACUUAAAUAAUCUUGAGAUUUAACCAAAAGUAUGCUGCAUGCCGAGGCUGUAGAAUUCAUGUAGUGUUUAUACCAAGGUUGAUGGUACCAUUUUUGGGAGCAAUAGUGGUAUGGUGGUUAAGCACUUGUCUCCGACUAACAUGACCUGGGUUUGAAUCACAGAAGCAAUGCAAUUUUUUUUCCAUGGGUUGAGUUUGCUGUUAGUUCUUGCCCCUCCUCUAAGGGUUUUUUUCCCCAGGUACUCUGCAGGGGCGGAUCCAGGAUUUUUUUCAGGAGGGGGUGCACUCGUCUCUUGCUCUACUUCAACACCAAUAAACCACAUUUUUUUUUUGCAGAAUACCAGUUGUAUUAGAAAACCGCAGGUCAUUUCAGGGGGGGGGGGUGCGCACCCCCUGCACCCUCCCCCUAGAUCCGCCCCUGCUCUGGUUUUCAACUUUCCAUAAAAAACAACAACAACAACAACAAUACCAAAGACAUUAACAUUAACAUUAACAACAACAACAAUAAUCACUAUCACACUGUUAAUUAGAAAUAAUUAUUUUUGGCAACUACUGAUUUGAUCAUGAAUGGCAGAUAACAACACUACUGUGUGUGGAUGACAAACCAUCCCUAAAAUAAAAUUUCAAUUAUUUAUUUAUUAAUUUACUUAUUGCAUGGUUAAAUUACUGGCCAAUGUGAUGGAUGGGUCCUGAAUGUGCAUGUAAGCAAGGUAAGAAUAAUCAGUGGAUGAAAAUCUAAAGACCACACUGUGUGAGUUACUGAUUAAUAAAAAAAGGUUUUAGUUUAAAUAGCAUGUUGACAAUGAGGAUUUUAAGUCCUUUAAUACUUGAUCCAAUAACAAGACAUUAUCUCCACCGAUAAUUGUUUCCUUACUGUAAGACUCAGUGACAGGGGUUUGUUUACAGGAUGUUAAAACUUCAAGGGUUAAACUGUGGGUAAGAACAGAUUUGAGUUAAAAAAAAAAAUUUUCUGAAAAGGUCCAAGAGUAUAAGAGGUUUAAUUGAUUUCAUUAAUAUCUGCCGUAUCAUCAUCAUCAAACUGUUAGCCUGCAUCGCAAACGUUAUUUAACCUCACAGGUGGAGACCCAGGACAGGGAUUUUGGCACUAUUUCUCUUAACCAGAGUUUAGUUUCGUCUGUGGCACAGGCUAACUGUGAAUCUGCACUUUCAGAACCGAGAAGAUAUUCCCCAAGACCCAAGAGGCUCAUUAUGGGUGCCAAGUAUCAAGAAAGUUAUAAAAGAAUUACUUUCAUUAGGUGCAAGGGUCCCUAGACUCUUUCCUGGAGACCUUGUUACCCAACUAAACAUCAAGGAAAUUUUGUCAGAUUCAUCCUCUGAAGACAUGGAAGACAUGACUGGCAGUGGCAAACCCCAGACUGAACGCUUUCCUCUUGUGAACAUAAUGCAUCUUGUGCAGUUUCUCACACAUUGUCUUCAAAAGUGUCCUCGUUGUUAUGUAGUCCAGGAGCUGCAAAACCUUGCAGUGUUGUUGUGUCGUUUAGCAUUGGAUGUUAGGCUUCAGACAGUGGUGUUUGAUAUUGAGAUGUGCCUGGCAGCUGUGCUGAACUGUUUUGGAGAGAUGCAGUGGCCUGAUGAGGUUUGACAUUAAGCCUUUACACCCUAGUAUCAAAAUUCAAAUUUGAAUUUAAUUUUGUUGUCCCUGUGGGGCUGGUUGUUUAUUACAAUGUACCUGUGAUGGGGGCAGGCCAUUUUGAAAAUGCUUAGAAGAUUUUUAAACCAAUAUCCCCCAAUUCAUGUUAUUGUAGAUUUUUAGAAAUGCCCCACAUAAAUUUAACAUGUUGUGAAAGUGCUCCCCCCGCCCCUCCCAUCUGAUUGCUGUGGAAACUAGAAAUAUUCUAACUACAAAUCGUACCGAAGUUAGCCACAUACUUUAUCUACAGUCGUAUUUAUAAGAUCCGUCUUAUUUACGGCUGUUACAUUCAAUUUCAAUUUUUUUCCACACUCAUUACUGCUUUGCACUACUUUCCUGAAAUGUGUUUAAAGGACCUUCCCCCCAUAUAAUGCUUCCUUUUCUGAAAAUGACUCCAAAACCAACCAAAAUUUUUUAAAUGACCCUCCGCAAGAUGGUAAUAAAUGACCAGCCCUUAUACGUUUUCAAUAGAAGUAGUGGGGAGAAUUUGCUGAAGCAACAAUUCGAUUCAUCUACUGUGAUCAUGUCCUCAAUUCUCAUGACCACUCUGUUUCAUAUAGCUUUGGUAUUACAGGGAGAAAUUUCGUGCUGAUCACUGUUGAGGCUUAAAGGGUUAAGCCUCUUCAUUGUUUAUAAUGGUCACAGGACUGAGUAAAUUGAAAAUUCGAUUCAGUUAGCAUUCCUUUGAGUGAUUAAACAAAAUUAGAUGAGAGCAUAGCUAGAGUCUGAUUUGUUUAAUUAUACAUGAUUACUGAUUGAAUUGGACGUUUCAAAAGUUCUGUUGCCAGUGAAUCACAACUACUACCUAAUUUGAGAUAUUUUGUGAUAAUUUCAACUUCGGUUUGAUAAAACACAAGAUCUCUUUAGAGUUAACACAAAAACAAUAGCAAAAACAAAAAUCUAUAUUUAAGUCGAGAAAGUGAAUCACAACUACUACCUAAUUUGAGAUAUUUUGUGAUAAUUUCAACUUCGGUUUGAUAAAACACAAGAUCUCUUUAGAGUUAACACAAAAACAAUAGCAAAAACAAAAAUCUAUAUUUAAGUCGAGAAGAGAAAGUUAGGAAACCCAACUGGCAGAAAGUAAACAAGUGGGCUACAAUAUUAACUUACAAAAUUUAAUGUUGCAUAAGAUUUAAAACUCAGGGCCCCGAAGUGGUCAUGGCAGAAUAGUUUGUUUGCGUCGGAGAAUAGAGGAAACUACUUGCACUCAUAUAUUAUCUUAGUACAUGUUACAACUUUCAGAUUAAAGAAUUGUGCAGAGUCCUGGCAAAACUGAGCACAGACCAUAGAAACCUGUUGCACCUUGUGCAAAUCCAGCCUCCUUCAGUCCGCGGCAUCCAACUUAAACGUCUUCUGGGCGUGACUCUGCUACAUUGGCUUGUGCCGAAAUUUGGUCAACAACAAGAAACUGGGAGACUCGCUGAUGAUGAAAGAUGUGAUGUAGCUGUACCAGACACUGUUGAGGUAAAAAUAAAGGGUGUAGUAAAACUGAUAAUGUAGGGACCUAAAAGAUGCUGGAGAGCAUGGGGAAAGUGAUGCCUGAUAGACGCUUUAUGGGGCAAGCAAUAAUAAUUAUUAUACUAGAAAUGUGUGUAUCGAAAAUCCUCACGAGAACCUCUAGACUGUCCAUGUACUUCUUUUUUACGAUAAGAACUUUUUUAUAAGGAUAUUGAGGCUGAAAUUUACGAAAAUUUAAGAAUAUUAAUUUUUAAGAAUAAACCUGAGGCUGAGAAUUUAAAAAGGUUUCAAGUUUGUGUUUGAAAAUCUGUAAAUACAGUAAAAUUUAUGUUUUUAAGUCAACCGUAGAAAAUUAUUCGUUUCACUAAACGGCUAGAACACUGGUAAUUGAGACCCCUAUUUAUUCUAAAGCGGAAAUGCCAUUAGCUAUAAUUUAGAAUUUAGAAUAAUUUAAGAAUAUUUCCAACCUAAAAUCGACAGGAAAAUAAGAAUAUUCAGCCUGGGUCGGAAAAACAACAUUCUUAUAAUUAUAAUAUUAUAAUAAGAAAAAGAGUGUAGUAAGCUUACUGUGAAAGAUCACUUUUUGAACCCGUUGUUGGUCAUGGUGUAAUGGCUGAUCGUCUAUCCUCAGCUCAGUCCGUUGGCAAGAUAUCGCUCACGUGUAUUUAACAGAUCGUGUAAUUCUUGGUACAUAUCGUUGCUUAAUUUUGACUGUAAACUUCCAGUAAGCAUUGCUCCUCCUGAUCGCUCUCUUUGCGAACGUUGGCAUUGUAAUUGCGGUAUUUUGUCGCUGCCCUGUACACUAGCUGUCUGUAAGUGUCCUCUGUCUCUUGUUGACGGCUUCUUCUUCGCUGUGCAAAGCGAUAUUCUCUCUGCCGCGGGGUUUCUGGCUGUCAUCGUCUUCUUCUUUGCUUACAGUGAAUUUCAGUUUGGCGUUCUUGCUCCAGAAGAGUGUCGGUGGUAAAUCUUCCCCGUCACGGAUUUGCAACCACUUGUUAAAUCCAGAGUUGUUGCGUUUCCUGUUCUGGUCAUUUGCAUUUAAGGAAAUUGCUGGUUAUUUUCCGAUAGCCGACCGACUUUGCAUGCCGCUAAGACCAUGCGGGACCCACGCGCUGCUCGCGCGCUUCGUGCGCGACAAGAUUACAAACUCGCGUACGCGAGGGUGCUUCGUGCCCUCGCUUUGUGAGAAAUUAUUGCCGAUAUGAAGUAAAUGUCAAUGUUAAUGAAAAAGGGGAAACUUCAGCAACAGCAUGUACAAAGGCAAGCAAUUUUUUUUUAGAUUUAAAUUCAUCUCACCAUGGCUGGAAAAUUAAUGUUCCAGUAAGCAUGAUGUACAGCCUGUAAGGUACAUGUAGCCUGACUGCUACUUGUAACAUUGGGUUGACUAAGAUGAACAUCUGCCAUUGGCUGAAAGGUCUCUUGGAACCUUUUGUGCGACUAGCCAUAGCACUGUUAGAAAGUAGAUGUAGUUGACCAAGGUGAGAGUGCUAGUACAACUACUGCUAGUAAAUUAUGAUUGCACUGCCAUUGUAAUAUUGUACUGAUAUAGGUUAUUAUUUGUCUAUUUUGAUGCAGGUUUCAAGCCUUGUAAAACUUGUAGAACAAAUAAAACCGAAGGAGGAUUCAGACUAUUUUCUGUUGCACACCAUCAUUUCACUGUUGAGCCUUGCAGUGGGAAGUGAAGACCUACCACCAAAGGAGAGGGUAAUGGCCAUUUCGGAUCAUUAUACAUUUCUGGGAAACUGCCGAGCUACCCCUCCCCUAGGCCAACAUUUACACUUACUUUUCACUUAGAGAAAAAUGUUGGCCUAGGGGAGGGGCUGGUAGUGCCAUCCAGAGGGGGGGGGGGGGUCAUUAAGACGAGUGGGAUGAUUGAGGGAGGGUAAAUGUGAGGCGGAACCCCUUCUCCCUCUCCUGUCCUGUUUCUUUUGUCUUCCACAGUCUCUUUAUUGUGUAUGUCUUUUCAUCCUGUCAUUUCUAGUAUAGGGCGAUAUAUACUCUUUCAUUGCUAAGUGAUUCGUUCACUCCCUUUUUCUCUCAGUACAACUUGAUCGCGAAGGGUAAAACCAGCAACUGCCCAUAUAAAUAAAAGGAUUAUGCAACAAUACAUUGAGCGCGCUCGUCACCCUAAGAACUUAAAUAUUAUUUGUAAACUCCUAUCAUGGGAAAUUCUAGCGUUUACUUCAAAGAUAUAGCUACCUGAGCGAGUGGAUGUGGCUACAGCUUUUUUUCUACUUAUACACUUAGCCUUCUAAGCGCAGACGUAUUUCUGGGUGUCGCUUCUCUCCGCCCGAAAUGUUACUAGAUUAGCGACAACUGGAACAACCGCUGCGUUCGCAUUAUAGUAGUUACCCUUUUCAGCUACAAAUCCCUUCUAUCGGCAUUACUUCUUUAAAGCUACUGGAAUUAGGCUAUUUAAAAAGUUAAACGUAGUUUUUGAUUGAGAGAAGAUAUGAGCUUAAACGGUUAAAAAAAUGACAUUCUUAAACUACAUAUAUAUUUUUUUUCGCUUAGUAAAGUGCUACAAUGUAGAAAUCUCCAUUUUUGAAUGCAGACUGACUCAAUAAUACGCUGCGUGAGUUGACGCGCGUAAAUGGGAUCUGUUUAGGAAAGGAAGCAAAGUGUUAGUAAUCAUUGCUAAAUGCAACUCGAAUAAUAUCCGAGCAUAAUCCGUCGUUUUUGUAACAUUUGCUCUAUACAAGAAAAAAAAAACAAAACUUGCGCCCACCAUACAAACGUCUGUAAAUUUCGCAACUGUGCGAAGCUAUAUCUUCACUCUCUUAAGACGUAUCACUUUUAAACUUGACAAUCUUACUAAUUUUAAGACGCUCUUUAAGAAGGUGUUGACGGGUUUACCCUACCUUACCCAUGGCAAAAGUUGAAAACCGUGGAAAAGUCUAUUAAUACAAUUCACUGUUAUUUUUUCCCAUGAAAAGGCACCACUUGAGAAGUUAACAAACAAGCUAAGGUCAUUGAAUGGAGACAUCAAAGAUCCGAGGGCGGCAUUCAUGAACAGAACCAAGGUAAAGUAGCACUAAAGUAAGAGAGAAAGAAAACAUGCAUCCUGUAUUAUUACUUAUGUUUCUUCGUGGAAAACGUAAACUCUGUUAUUUCUUCAGGUGAAAGAUCUCUUAGUGAGGACACUUCUUCGACUGGCUUACAUGGCGCAGUGUAUUAAACCAUCGAGAGAGGUAUGUAGCCCGAACUUUUAAAAUAAGAUCCUUAUUCCCUUUUUCUAACUUAAAAAUAAGUACGUCUUCUUUUAGAAACGUCUUUCCACUCGAUCUCACCUCAUGUCGACAUUCACGUAUGUACAUAGUAAGUAAAAAAAAAUCACAAAAAUCAAAAGGGUACUGACCGAAGGCUAAUACGGCAGACGAGUGGCGUUUUAAUCAGUUUGUUUCCAACGUUAAAAUAGAUAAAGGUUGUCACUUCUUCCGACAGUUCACGGCAUUUUGCACCGACUGGUAUUCUUUUAGGGUGGGUUUGAUCGCCCAAAUCGAUCGUCCCUUCGGAAUAAAACCUUAGCAACUAAGAUUUUCUACGCCUUAGUUGUGUAAUGUUCGAGUCUUAGUAUCAGUGUUACGUCUAUCCCCACCCGGUGCAAUUAAUACUGAAACCAAAAUACAGGGAAUUCACGGGACCCUCGCUCAGUGGAGCUACAAGCAAAGAAUCUAAGUAAUAGCAGCGCUCCCUUAUCACUUUGGACUAGCCACCUGUAGUUCAGGGUUCAAAUCUGGCCUGUCCAGGACGUAUGGUGUAUAUAGAGAAUACUUCAUGGAAAGUGCUGGCGUACGGUAUUUACGCACGAGUUGUUGACGUAUCAGAAAUCGAACGAGUGAGCGCAGCGAACGAGUAAGAUUUCUGAUACAAAAACGAGUGCGUAAAUACCGUACAAAGCACGUUCCAUGUGGUAUUGUGUUUAUCAUAUACAUACUGAGACAUUCAUCAUUUUGGCGGCCUUUUUAUUUUAAAUCUUUCAAAAAUGCUAAAAUUUGCCGCUACACACUUACCGCAAAAUAACAACGAAAACGAAGUAUCAGCUUUUUAGUAAAAACGUUUGUUAAAAACAUAAAUGACGGUAAGGAUAUGAGGUAAUCCAAGAACUCUAAGUAAUCUUAACUGUUUGUUCUCAAUGCACAAUUGAAAAUGAGUGAAUUUAAGUAAAAUGGCCGGUUUCGAUAUAAGCUGAAGCUUAAAUGAAAGGCAAAGUAGCUCCGACAAAAAGCACCACAAAAGCUUACGUCUCGUUCUGUUUUUCCCUUUCCGCUGUUGUUUCGCUUGCUCUCUACCGUUUUCUUUAUCGACAGUGAAACAAACGAAACUAUUCCACUCUAUUUCCGAAAUGUUUUUCACUUUUUUAGCUUGAAAAACUCUUUGAGUAAAACUUUUCUCGUUGAAUGUGUGCGAAGUAGCGCUGCAAGCUACAAUGAAAGGCGGGAAUUUUGGCGCGAAACUCUCACACCUCUGUGGCUUCUGAUUGGACGUAUCAUUUUUCUCACACGUGAAAAAACAUCGUUCGCGAUUCUGAUUGGACGUAUCAUUUUUUCACGUGUGAAAACCAUCGUUGGCUCCUCUGAUUGGCUAGAACUAAUUUGCGUACGAAAAUUUACGACAUAGCUUUUUGGUGAGUAUUUCUCAGUAUGUAUAUAAUAAAAAUAUAUAUCAGUGACAUAGUGCAAGAGGGUGGGAAGGAGUUAGCAUGCAAAGUCAAACUCUCGUGUUUUAGCACCAGUGACAUUUAGUAGCAUCUCAGGAAUUGCUUCAGGCCUCAAAUACGAGUUAAGCUACUAGCGAGUGGAUUCCCUGCGAUUCAAGUCGCAGUUUCCCCUAUACGCCACUUCGACGUUUCCCACAAUGCACCUUAUUUGCUCCCCAAAACUUUGCAUAAGCAUUGUUUUCAAUUUCUCUUGGGACGGCUGUGAUACCCAGGAGAAAUGAGAAACAAAGGUUAUGCAAAAAUUUUGGGGCGCAAAUAAGGUGCGCUAUGGGAAAUGUGGAAGGGGCGUAUAAAAAGACACUAUUCACGAUGCUCGCCAACUUGGCACGCGCCUUCGGGAUGAAGGGAUAAAAGCGAUGUCACGUGGUAUUCCAGGGGGCAAACGACGGUUAAAAUUUGUCAAAACGAGUAGACGUGGUCGAGUUUGUUUGUUUCAUCAAAACGUGACAACGACAAUUGUUAGUUUUUGCAAAAAGGACAGUUCGAGGUUCGACAAGUCAUUGUUACUCGCUAUGAGAUCAUGUAAAAUAACAGUGACCACUUCCACCACCCCCCUCCCACUAAGCGACAAUUCUUUUAUCCCAUUAGUCCGUAUACGCGUGCAAUGCAAAGAUGGCGGGUAUCGUGAAUAAGGUGUAUUUUUUUAUACCCUUCGAACCUCUCCACUGCCUGUGGGGUCAAAUGAAAUGGGCCUUUAUGAGGAUGAAGCCGUGGUAGAAACGUUAUAGCACGGAUGAAUUAAUGUCUUCGUUACUCUGCAGAGCUAGUCUGCGUCGCAGACACUCUAUGCCAAUGUUUCCCUUCCCUGUCCCUUGGGAUAAUUUUUUUACUCCCCCCAACUCUCUCAGUCUCUGCAGCUUUAGCAAAAUUCUCGAAAAGAAAAGGCGCCAUCGAGUAUCGAUCGAACGCUGAUCUUGACUGUGACUAACUAACUUCUUACAAAUUUAUUUCUUUUAAUCGAUUUAUCUUCGAAAUGAUUAAUGUACUUUUAUAAUAUUAAAUUGUUAGGCUUAUAAAAAAAAGUCUAUUAAAUUCGUCGGGGAAAAAAGGGUGGUAGCAGUUAUCGAACCCGGUACCUUCGGAUCCGAAGGUUAAGCUUUAACGCCUUUCGCUGGGAGGACAAAAGAAAUAUCUUUACGGACGGACGGACAGACUGACUCACUUACACAGACAUGGACAUAGUACAAAAAUGAACCUUUUACUGGAACGGAAUACUAAAGAAUUAAUACAGGACAUUAUCAUCUUCAAUCUGGACACCUCACACUCACAUCUAGCCAUUAUUACACUGACAUGGAAACACUCAAAAGUCGCUCAUUUAUCAAAAACAGUACUCUGCGUAACCCAUUUGUUGCCAGGGUAGUAAAAAUUUGUCGUGUGGAUUGUUUUUGCCGUCUACUGUAGCACAGCCAUUAUUGCACAGUAAAAUGCUGUCACCCGAUAAGGCUUUGUCAUGAACAGGAAAAAGCUCGCUAUUGACCCGACUUUGGUUCGCGGGCAAAUGAUCGUUUCCUUCUCUCAUUUUAUUUGCUUUUUUUCACUAUCUUCAUCGAUCUAAUCAUUCGUGUUUCAUUUGACAGCACCACAUAGCCAGUUAUUUUGAGUACGAGAGCUCUAACUUGGAAAUAGAAUUACUUAAAGACGGGGAGGAGAAAUUUGGCAACGAAGAGGAGGAGAAUGCUGUAUGAGAACAGGAUAUGAUGGAUUGUGGCCCGGAAAAUUAGCGCUAAAUAUGAUUGUUGCAUUUUUCUUUUUGCUUUGUUCUUGUUGUUGUUUUUCACGUUGCCAGCGGGGCCUUCUUUGGUUUGUUCAAUUCUGGCGUACUCGAGAAAGACUCUGCAUAAAUCGCAUUAGACCUUUGUUGAGCAUGCGCUGGAUGUUGCUAGGAGAUAGUUUCAAACCCAGGCCUAAUAGCCAUGUGCUUGCUUCAGCGGGCUCGGUUUAAGUCCAGUUCCGGCCCCUGUCUCUCUAUGUCACGCAAUCCCGACGUUGCGUGACUUAAAGAGAUGGGCCAGAACUGACUAGCUCGGUUACGACCAUCGGUUUAUCAAUAAACGGAUGCACACACUCGAAAAAAACAAUUUGACGAAAGAGAACAAGAUUGACUAGUGAAGAAGUUCGGGCUGGGGCGACUUCAAAGGUUAUUCAGGCGGAGCAUCCUUUUCUUCUUCUCACUCAAGAAGACAAAAGGAGGCUCUGCUCGCAGGGUGGAGGUUUUGGAUCAGUUUAGGUUUCUGGGAAACUACUCGCCUACCCCUCCCCUAAGCCAACAUUUUGCCC